AGAAAUUCUCAUGCAAAUAGGAAGAUAUGAUGAUACCGCAUCUUAUUUUGCAAAAGCAAACAUGAUAGAUCUGGAAAAUAUUCAUAAUUUAAUCAAAAGUUCCAUUGCUUUUAUCGUACUUCAAGAAUAUGAUAAAGCUCUAUGUAAAAUUUUGCAGUUAAAUCCUUCAAAUAAUUUAGCAUACUAUUAUAAAGGAAUCGCUUAUACUUCAUUAAGUGAUAUAAAUAGUGCCGCAAUAGCAUUUCAAAAGUAUUUAGAAUUAGAUCCCAAUGAUGAAUUA